AUGGCGAUAUGCACUCCGUCUUGCAGCAUUGUCUGCUUGGUAUCGUUCCAGAUUAUCUUGAUUUUCAAUGUACAGUGGCCUGGCGCGGAUGGUCUCACGUUCCCCCAGCAAUACACGUAAGUAUUCUAUAUCACUGGCUGCUCAGCUGUCACACACAACAUGCGUAUUUUGAGGUCCGGCAUUUGAAUGCCACGUUGGGUGACGGUCAUUGUGCUGGUGUACCACCUCUGGUUUCCUUUCUUCAAAUUAGGUUACUCACAUUGUAUUUCUGACGUGAACAUAUUUCUCGCUAUGCUGCGACUGCUCUGGCAAACGAGGAACGGGCAAUAAAACAGCCAAUAUAGGAUGUUUAAGGGAUGUGGACCGUUGCUUUCUGUCAUAUCACAAUACAUGAAGGAAUCACAUUCAAACACGGUACUAUUUACUAUUCACCAAUUACCAUUUACCAUUGACUACAUGUAUCAUUUACCAUUUAGUCUAACAGUUAAGAGCGUUGGGCCGUUAACUGAAAGGUUGCUGGUUCGAACUCCCGAGCUGACUAGGUGAAAAAUCUGUCCAUGUGCCCUUGAGCAAGGCACGUAACCCUAAUUGCUCCUUUAAAUCGCUCUGUAUAAGAACGUCUGCUAAAUGACUAAAAUGUAAAUGUAUUAGAAUUGUUAUUUUUGUAAUAUCAUUGGCACAAACAAUACUGUUUGCUUGCCACCCAGUAUCUGUCAACAGUCUGGUUGGCAAGAGCAGGCUGCUUGCCACCUAAUUGAUGGUUGUUGUGUUCAUAUGAGGCUCAAUGGGUGUUUCGUCGUCACAACAUCUCUGUGUGUCUCAUGAUGUCAAUGCAGUGCUGGCUGCUGUCUUUGAUCAAAGUGGGCAGCAUCACUAUUUUUUGUUUCCUUCCAGACAGUCACAGUCCUGAGGGAAUAUAGUGGAGGUCAUUUGUUUUUGGACAUGGUAGUAUAUAGCCAUGAUCCACUACUUCUACUGCUGUAAAAUCUUUAGCUUUUGUUUGGGAUUUAAGCACAUUGAAUCAGAAUGACACAACAACAUUAUGUGGACAUGCUUUUAUUUGGGAUGUAGGUCUAGUUAGGUAGCCUAUGAGGUGUGUGGUUUUGUUUGGUACUUUGUACAGAACGACAUACAUAUCAAUCAAUCAAAUGUAUUUAUAAAGAUCUUUUUACAUCAGCAGAUGUCACAAAGUGCUAUACAGAAACCCAGCCGAAAACCCCAAACUGCAAGCAAUGCAGAUGUAUCAAACCAUCAACAUAUCUUGAUGGUUUGCCGACAACUUGAUGGGAUUGCAUUUUCUAUAGGAGACAUGAUGGUUGUGUGUGCAGGGAUACAGAACACUGUUGUUCAAUACAUUUAAUAAACCGUUUUUAUUGCACAAACAACAUACAUUCUAGUGUAGUCUACUGUCUCAACGGAGUCACUCACUCCAGUCCUCUCUUUGAAAGACUUUAAAAUUGAUCAAGGGUUUCAGAGGAGUGCUGAUCUAGGAUCAGGUUCCCCCUGUCCAUAUAAUCUUAUUCAUUGUGAUCUAAAAGGCAAAACUGAUCCUAAAUCAGCACUCCUACUCUGAGAAGCUUGAGACAUAUGGCCCUUCCUUAUGUGGCUUCUGGGACUACGACCACCAGAUCUGGAAUGUAAUCUGGGGCUAAAGCAUGUCUUACUUUAAAAAUGGAUCAAUAGAAUGAAUCAAUAAAAACCUCUAUAGCCAUUAGCCCAAAUAGACAAUCUCUGUGCCCUAAUUGGUCUGUGAGAGGAGAUUAAACACUAGCCGGAAACAAGACAGGUAACUGUGACUUAAAGGAAGUAAGUAGCCUACAGUUGUAAGGCUUGGCUUACUCUGGCAGUUACAGUGAGCCCGACAGUAAUAAUGCCAUUCUAGCUAUGCUUGAAGCUGAUUUUAAUAAGCCUGCGUUCAAAAUUCAUGUUCAAAAUUAUCCUCAAUCUGUCCAUAGUGGAAUAGUCAUCACAUUGUGACCUACUUUUAAUCAUCCUCUUCCCAGCUCUUCUUCUCCAACCUUUAACCCUUUCACUCGUAAGCACAGCUGGCACUUAACUUGAGACCACAGCUUUCCGGGCCUUUCUCCAGACUGCAGUCAGGCAGGCAGGCUCUCACCAGAUGGGGCUGGGAUCUUUGGGACAGUAGAAGGAAACUCUGGGCCAAUGACAGCUGGAGUUACUGGGAGUGGUUUGUUGUGUAUCAAUGAGAGCAAGGGUCUUUGGAGCAGCAGGGGAGGUGUGUGUGUAGGGGGGAGUGGAGUGUGUGUGGGGGAGUUAUUGUGGGGGGUACAUAAGGCUGCCCUCUCCUUCCCUCUGGUUAUCUGCUGAGUGAGUGCAUUGAAUCAGCACCACUUCCCUCAGCCCUGGGUCUCUUCAUGUAAGCUAAAUGAAGCAGAAUCGCUACACUGAAGAACAGCAGCUCCGUCCAAUUAAGAAUUAAUACUGCAGCAGUCAGGGUUUAUCCCUUUUCUCCAUCCCUCACAGCCCCCAUCCCUCCCUCCCCUCCGUCUCUUUCUCACACUCGCUCUUCCUCAGAAUCUCUCUCUCCUGCCUCUUCCCGUCUCGUUCACCCCAACCUCUCUGUAUAUCUCAUCCACUCCAACUUUCUCUCAUUCCUUCUCUCCUUCCCUCUCUCUUUGGAGGUGAAUAUGGGUCACAGCGGGCCGUGUAGUGCUACUUUCUCUCUCUCUCUCUCUCUCCAGUCCCUGGGUGUGUAUGUAUGGUAGGUAACAGAGGAGAGACAGGAGCAUGGCAGGCAGAAGCUAGCUCCUUAACACACAGUUCUCUGAUGUCCCAGGGGGGCCCAGGAGGAGGGGAAAUGGAGCGCACUAAGAAAAGCUAGGAUCGGGCUUCAGCUGCUCUGAGUCACACAAGCUGCAGCAUCCCAAAUGGCACUCUAUUCCCUAUUUAGUGCACUACUUUUGUAGUGCACUAUAAUGGGUCCUGGUCAAAACUAGUGCACUAUAAAGGGAGAAGGGUGUCAUUUAGGAUGUGCCACAGUCAGAGACAGGGCUUCUGCUCUGCUCUGUUCUGCAGUUCUGUGGGCACUAGCAGUAGUCAUGUAACCAGGCCUGUUUAGUCAUGCACUAUCAUAUACUAAAGGCAUUUAUUACCACCCUACUCUUCCUUUAAAAAAUGACAAUCUUUAGUCAUAUCAUAUCAGAUAUUAUGUCUGUCUGUGUUCGUCAACAGACAGGGGGUGCUCUGCAGUUCUGAGUGUAACAGUCAUGAAACAAAGCCUGUUUAGUCACACACACUCAUUUAUUGCCACCUCUCCUUUAAAACAAUACCAUCUUUGGUCAUAUCAUGUCUGUCGUUCUGUGUCCAGCAUCUCUUGCGUAAUCAUCACACAGUAGCCUCAUUUGCAUCAGACAGGACUACGGCUAUUUUUAAAUCAUUAAUGAGUCUGUUAGUCAUUUAUAGUGCUUCGAUGUGUCAUCCAGCAGCCAACGUCUGGUAGUGGAAUGCAUUGUCUUUCUACAGUAUCUGUCUGCAUCGGCUCUUCUCUCAGCUAGCUGUACUGGUGUCGGUUACAUUGUGACUGGCUGUGUUGUGGCUCAAUAGCCGAUGAUUCACGAGAAUGUUUAUAAUGUAGGCUAGUUGUUACAGUUGUUACCCGCUUGAUUCUUGUGCUGCUGGUCAUUACUCAUCUGAUACUUGCUACCUACAUUGUGUGCCUAUAUAUAGCCCUUGGCUUGAUUUCACAGAGUGUUCAAGUAUGGAUAACUGCAUAGACUGUGUUCUUAAUGCAAUGUCUGUUUAUAAUACCCUUGGCAGAGUCUAGGCCUAUAUAUCUUGAUGUGUUAGUGACCUACUAUAUCUACUGUUUAGCAUCGGAGUGAUGAACCCUCUUUUGGAACACUGUAACUGAAGAUUGUUCCAGAAGUGUAUUUGCUGUGAUUGUUGAGUGUAGCAUAAGGCAAUGGACUACAAUAGUAAGAAUAAUGUGUCCUUCGAUUGACUUGCUCCACCAUUUUAGAUGUGCUUGCUUUACUGCAGCAUUUCUCAGGCCUGAUGAAGCAACAAAAUAUGGCCCUCAUAUUUUACUUGCUGAAUGGGCUCAUCAAUGAUUAAUGCUCCCUAAAGUACUUGAGUCGAGCAUUGGGGCUUUGCAUUUUUUUUAGUGUGGAGUCAGGUGGUUGAAUGUGCUUCUACUUAUGGGUUUGUUGCAGGAGAGAAUCUAACCCCACCAAGGGAGUGAGAGGAAACUGAUGUUCUUGGCUCGGAACCACCACUGUUACUCUGAGAGUUCCUUUGCUUCGACUCAGAAUAUCUUGUAGAUACAGUUCCACUUUUGACCAAGUCUGCGUCCCAAAUGGCACCCUAUUCCCGAAGUAGUGCAUUUAUUUUGACCAGGGCCCGUAGCCUCCACUUUCUCUCUUUAUCAUUGUUAGAGUGGUGUCGUCAUUUCCAUGUGUUAGGAGGGGAAUGUGAACUGUUAAAGCUAAUUAUGGGGAUCACAAGCAAGGUCCUGGUCAUAACACACUCCUGUUGUCUCAGUUUGGAUGGGGUUAAAUUGCAGAUGUACUGGUAUUGGUUAAAGUAAUACCUCACCUCCAUAUUGUGUGUCCACAGAAUAAUGCACUGGGCCAGGCGCAUCGAGCAGGAGAUCGACAGAGUCUUUCAGCACAUCAGUGGAGCCCAGCAGCUAAAGGGG